AUGAUAAGGAUAGCAAGGCGUUUGCUACAAAAUGGAAGUGUUCUGAGUCCUAAAAGGAUUGACUUCCAUCUAGUAAGGGCGAGCCAGUCCUCACCACAUCUUAAGUAUAACCGCUCCAGAGAAAGAGAGACAUGUCCGUUGCCUCUUCCGCCGCCGAAGCCUAAACCAAAGGAUGACAGUGCGUUUUGGGGCGCGGUGUUCCUGGCGACUGUAGCUGCUGCAUUUGCUGUUUAUGCUAAGUUGGAUUUUCUCUAUUGUAACCUUUAA